UUAAGGUCGCACACACACGCGCGCGCGCGGGCGAUUGGUUAUCGUGUGGCCACACUGAGGGCCGCCCCGAACGUGCCCUUGUCCGUCCGAUUCAGCUGUGUGCAUCGGUCGCGCACUGUGGCGCAACACCGUCCUGUCCUCAACCGCCGCCGCCCGUUUUACCUCUCUUGCGUUCCGCUCGCCGAACCCAACAGCAGCUACUGCCGUCGCUGGAAACCACUGGAACAGCCAUUUCUGCUGUGUCGUCGUUGAAUUUUUUCCAGUGUUCACAUCGCCACCCACAACGCCGCCGCCACCGCCUCCGUACCGAUGACGAGCAGCACGUUUUCGUUUUUUAAGGCCGCCUCCAGAUGGUCGAAAAACCACAAGUUCUUUUUGACCAGUUUUGGUGUAUUAGCUGGUGGUGGAAGUUCUAUAAUUUAUGCUCUUGAACAGUCCAUUCAUGCAUCAAACGAUGCGGCUCAUGUGGCUAAACAGAAAUGGAAUCAUAAUGGCUGGUUUGAUACAUUAGACCACGCCAGUGUUCGUCGUGGUUGGGAAGUAUACAAAAAUGUUUGUGCUGCAUGUCACAGUGUUGAGUACUUAGCAUAUCGAGAGUUAGUUGGUGUGUGCUUGACAGAGAAUGAAGCUAAAGCUGAAGCUGCUGAACAAAUGAUUGAAGAUGGACCUGAUGAAACAGGAGCUAUGUUUAAAAGACCUGGAAAAUUAUCGGAUUUGAUACCAAAACCUUAUCCUAACGAAGAAGCUGCUCGUUAUGCCAAUAAUGGAGCUUAUCCACCAGAUUUGACUUACAUUACGCAAGCUAGAAUAGAUGGAGAGAAUUAUAUUUUCUCUUUGUUAACUGGAUACAUGGAUCCACCUGCAGGAGUCGUACUUGCAGAAAAUCAACAUUUUAAUCCUUAUUUCCCUGGUGGUGCAAUUGGUAUGGCUCAGGCAUUAUACGAUGAGAUUAUUGAAUAUGAAGAUGGAACUCCGGCAACUCAAAGCCAGUGUGCUAAGGAUGUUGUUACAUUCUUAAAAUGGUGUGCAGAACCAGAACACGAUACUAGAAAAUUAUUUGCAAUGAAAGCUUUUACUAUCUUGGGAGUACUCAAUUUGGUUGUUUGGUACCUCCAUAGACAUUAUUGGUCAGUAAUGAAGACACGAAAGAUUUUCCAAAGUCCAAAAUCAUUGUUUAAAAAGUAAAUUGUCCUUAGAUUGUAGUAGCCAAAUAUUAAAAAAUUGUGUUAAUUUUUGUUUUAAACAUCAGACGUUUCUUAAAUUGUUAAAGUUAUAACCAAACACAAAAAACCUAUUUUUUAAGUAUACUUCAGCAAUAAAUUCUCAAAAAUAUUCAUUA